AUGGGUCGCGACGACAUUGUGUCGCCAUGCCAGGUGAAGGAGAUGAUUGCAGAAGGGAAGGCGAUCGUAAUCAUGGACGAUUACGUUCUCCGACUGGACUCCUGGCUCAACAGACACCCGGGAGGUGACUUGGUCAUCAAACACAUGAUUGGGAGAGAUGCCACCCAUGAAAUCACAGUGUAUCAUUCCGCUGCUACCGUGCAGAAAAUGAAGGCUUUUCGGAUAGGCCGGAAGCCAGCGGGACCGUGGCCCAACAUGACACCGCCAAUUAGAGGCGGCAUCUACACCCCCAGCGAGACAGCCAAGACCCUCGAGUCGGAUGAUGAUGAGGAUCUCCUCAGUCACAUUGGCGACGGGGCCUCGUCGGCGACCUCUGCAGCGUCCAGCAGCAGCAGCAUCGUCGAUGACUUGGUGGAGUCCCUGGACAAGAAGGCGUAUGAGGCUGGCCUUGCCCCGGACUCUUCGGACUCUUCGGGUCUCCGGAGACGCAAUGCUACGGCAGAUGCCUCCCGUCCCGCCCCCAAGAUCCGUCACCUGUCCCCCACAGAGUACACUGACUGGGCCAUGCAGAGGGACAUUGGCCGGGACCUGGAGGAGUACCCUUCGGUAGAGCCCAUCCUCCAGCAGGACAUCGCCCAGAAGUAUGGUGAACUCCACCAGAAGAUUGUCGACAUGGGGUACUACAACACCCCGUACCUUGACUAUGGCAAAGAGUGCGCCCGGUACUUUACAUUGUUUACCUUGUUCAUUGUCUUCCUCCGCUGGCAGUGGUUCGUCCCGUCGGCCAUCUCUCUAGGCCUCUUCUGGCAUCAAAUCAUGUUUUCAGCCCAUGAUUCAGCCCACACUGCCAUCACACACAACUGGAAUGUCGACACCUUCAUCAGCUUGUUCAUUGCUGAUUUCUGUUGUGGACUUUCCAUCGGCUGGUGGAAGAGUAGCCACAAUGUCCAUCAUCUAAUCACAAACCAACCCGAACAUGACCCUGAUAUCCAGAACCUUCCCUUAUUCGCUACAUGUCCCUCUUUCUUCAAGUCCCUACACUCCACCUAUUACGACUUCACCUACGUCUGGGACAAGGCCUCCGAGAUCCUCGUCCCCUUCCAGAAAUACACCUACUACCCCGUCAUGGGCAUCGCCCGCUUCAACCUCUACCUCCUCUCCUGGCUCCACGUCCUCGGCAACCGCUCCACCGGCCUCGGGACCACCACCGCAUGGUGGAUCCGCCCGACCGAGAUCACCUUCAUGGCCUGCUACUGGUUCCUCUUCGGCUACGUCCUCUGCUGGCGCAACAUCCCGACCUGGACCUCCCGCGUCGUCUUCAUCCUCGUUAGCCACAUCAUCACCAUGCCGCUCCACGUCCAGAUCACCCUCUCCCACUGGGGCAUGUCCACCUCCGACCUGGGCGAGAGCGAGUCCUUCGCCCAGCGCCAGCUCCGGACCACCAUGGACGUCGACUGCCCCGCCUGGAUGGACUUUGUCCACGGCGGCCUGCAGUUCCAGGUCAUCCACCACCUCUUCCCCCGCGUGCCCCGGCACAACCUGCGCAAGGUGCAGGCGCUCGUGCGGGAGUUUUGCCACGAGACGGGCAUCCCGUACUCCAUCCUGACGUUUACCGACGGGAACAAGAAGGUGCUCGGGCAUUUGGACAAGGUGGGCGAGCAGGUUAGUAUGCUGGUCAAGUGUCAGCAGUAUAUGGCCGAGACGGGGGAGAGCGGGCUUCAUUAG